AUGAGUAAGAUCAGCAACUUGAGUUCUGUAAGCAGUUCUGAUCUCAUAGAUGCCAAGCUUGAAGAGCAUCAAUUGUGUGGAUCCAAGCAGUGCCCCGGUUGCGGACACAAGUUUGAAGGGAAGCCGGACUGGCUAGGCCUGCCAGCAGGAGUGAAGUUUGAUCCCACAGACCAAGAACUAAUAGAACAUCUUGAAGCCAAAGUGGAGGCAAAGAACAUGAAAUCACACCCUUUGAUAGAUGAGUUCAUUCCCACUAUUGAAGGAGAAGAUGGAAUUUGUUAUACCCAUCCGGAGAAACUUCCAGGAGUGACAAGAGAUGGAUUGAGCAGGCACUUCUUCCAUAGACCUUCAAAGGCUUACACAACUGGGACAAGAAAGAGGAGAAAGAUUCAAAACGAAUGUGACUUGCAAGGUGGAGAAACCCGGUGGCACAAGACUGGUAAGACGAGGCCAGUGAUGGUGAAUGGGAAACAAAAGGGUUGCAAGAAAAUUCUUGUCCUCUACACCAACUUUGGGAAGAACAGAAAGCCAGAGAAAACCAACUGGGUGAUGCACCAAUACCAUUUGGGGCAGCAUGAAGAAGAGAAAGAGGGAGAACUUGUGGUGUCAAAGAUAUUCUAUCAGACACAGCCAAGACAGUGCAACUGGUCAGAUAGAAGUGCAACAACUGGUGAAGGAAGUGGAGAACCUAACAACAGUGGUAGAAGGGACAGUGGAAGUGGAAGUUGUUCUUCCAGAGAAAUUGUUACUCACAGAGAUGAGAUGUCUGCUGUUGUUGGUGUCCCUCCAAUGACAAGUUUCACUCAUCAUCCCUUGGACGUUCAACAUCUAAAACCCGAUCACUUUAGCUUCAUCCCUUUCAGGAAAAGCUUUGAUGAGGUUGGAAUAGGAGAGGCUUCCACAGCAAGAGAAGUAGUGCAAGCAUCAGGUUCAUGUGAAGAAGUGCAUGAACGGCAGAGAGCACAGCAUGCACCUCAUCAUCAUCAUCAUCAACAACAACAACAACAUCAGCAACAUGCUCAUCAUCAGAUUUCAAACUCAGCUUUUCAUAUCAGUAGGCCGUCACAUCCCAUCUCCACCAUCAUCUCUCCACCUCCCCUCCACCACACUUCCAUCAUUCUCGAUGACAACUCUUACCAUGUCUCUAGAAUAAUGCUCCAAAAUGAAAACUUCCAGCAACAACAGCAACAACAUCAUAAGCUUGGAGGAAGGUCUGCGUCUGGUUUGGAGGAACUCAUCAUGGGUUGCACUUCAACUGAAAUCAAAGAGGAGUCAUCCAUCACAAACCCACAAGAAGCUGAAUGGUUGAAGUACUCUUCUUAUUGGCCAGACCCUGACAACCCGGAUCAUCAUGGGUAG